GACUGAGCAGCGGGAGUGAGGGUUCAGAGAUGGGCAGUGAGAAGGAGCAGAGUCCAGAACCACACCUGCCUGAGGAAGGGGAAGCGGGUAACCCUUGGAGAGUGGAUGGCUCAGAGGGUUCUCACAUCCCAUCUGGGGAAAAGGAUCAUGGGCAGGAGAACCCACUGAUGAGGCCACAAGGAACACAGUCAGAAGAGCCAUGGCAGAAAAUCGUUGCCCCAGCUGAAGGACCAGAGAAUCCUAUUGCUCCUCCGAAGCCUGAGGCAGAGGAGAAGCCCUUUAUAUGUGUUCAGUGUGGCAAAACCUUCACCAAUACCUCUAACCUGAGAACACACCUACGGAUCCACACUGGUGAGAAGCCUUACAAGUGUUCCGAAUGUGGUGAGAGCUUUUCCCGAAUCUCCAACCGCAUCCGGCAUGAACAGAUCCACCUGGAAGAGAAGCACUACAAAUGUCCCAAGUGUCAGGAGUGCUUUCGGCGGCGCUCAGACCUCACCACGCACCAGCAAGAUCACCUGGGCAAGCGGCCGUACCGCUGCUGCGAUAUCUGUGGUAAGAGCUUCAGCCAGAGUGCCACACUGGCUGGGCAUUAUCGGACCCACCUGGAGCCAGCGCCCUACAUCUGCUGUGAGUGUGGGAAGAGCUUCAGCAACAGCUCCAGCUUUGGAGUGCACCACCGCACCCACACUGGUGAGAGGCCAUAUGAAUGUGCUGAAUGCGGGCGGACCUUCAGUGAUAUCUCCAACUUUGGAGCACACCAGAGGACCCACAGAGGGGAGAAGCCCUACCGGUGCACUCUUUGUGGGAAGCAUUUCUCCUGGAGCUCGAAUCUUAUUCGUCAUCAGAAAACACACUUGGGUGAGCAGAAUGGGAAAGAUUCCAGCUGAAGGGAAGCAGCAGUUAAGAGUGGGAAGAGAGAGUGAGAGACCCAUUCUAGUGGAGGAAGAAGACCUUUAGGAUCUGCUGCUGCCACCUUGAUUUCAAGUGCUUCAUCCCUCUUUGGAGAUUGGUUUCCUGUUGCCUCCGAAGCCAGGAUCUCCAAGAAAUCCUGAUAAGGGACUCUGAAUAAAAAUCCUCCCAGGUAAUUUCUUGCCAUAGAAAGUCAGAGAACCCAGUCUUGGCUUCACCUUGUUGGAUGUGAAAGAGAAGUAGGGUAGGCUCCAGACAUGUUCAUGUCAUUGGGUUAGCAGUUCUCUGGCCUUUGAGGAAGCACCUGUGAGAUGGCAUCACUGUCUGAAGUACCUUCAUAUUGUCCAUGAACUGUUUAGGGUACACUGCAGUGGGCUGCUAGGUUCCUACCUGCUGUACCCCAACUCAAGUCGUGCUUCUGGAUCUGGAGGCUGGGAGGAGUGGCCCUUCUUGGAAGGGUCCUUCUUGGCCUGAGAAGAGGUUUGAGGUUCUGUCUUAGGAAUGAAAGAGAAGCCCACUAGAAUCGUCACACUCCCCCAUAUUUGUUACCUAUUAUCCCCACUUCACUCUCCAUCUGUUUCCUUGUGAUGAUUAGCACUUAAUGAUUCAACGAAAAAGACCCAUGGACUGACUUGAAGAGGUGGGGAGUGAGGGAGAGUGUCCCAGUGCAGCCAUUCUGGAAGGGAACUGAAUUCUAAGAAAGAAAGAUGGGAGCUGAAAUUGUGGCUCAGUGAUAGAGCACUUGUCUCGCAAGUGUGAGGCCCUGAGUUUGAUCCUAGCACCACCUAAAAACAAAUAAAGACAUUGAGUCCAUAUACAACUUUAAAAAAAAGGAAAAAGACAGAUAGGUGGCUCUUCUAAAAAGCAAAGAAAAGGAGGCUGAGUCUUUUUAAGUGUUUGAGGAGAAGGGAGAAAGGAAAGGACUAACAUCAAUUGAGUAUUCACUAUAUGCUAUUGAUUCUGCUGGUUACAUCAACAUUCUUCAUUUCAUUUAGUUGUCAGCAGUCCUCAAGGGUAUAAGAUGAGGAAACAGAAGCAAGGUAUAUAGUAGAGUCCAUUUAAACUUGGGCCUCCUUGGCUCUCUACUGAUGCUCUUUUUUUUUCACUGCAUUCACAUUGCUGACCUCUAAAGGAGGAGCCAUGUCGUCGAUAAACCUGGAGAUGGGAGCCGGCGUGGCCUUGUGAUAUGGCUCUGGACUAUUCACUGUGUGGGAAGUCAGUACUAAGAAUGAGACCCUUUUUAACUUUAGAUUACUGAUUGAGGAUUUCUUCUGUUGCUGGAAAAAUGUCAGUGGAAGGAGUAGAUGUUGAGGAAUGGGAUAAGAUGAGAAAAAUCUUAAGACCCAUAGUAAGUUUGCCAUUAAUAUCAAUAAUUUAUCCCUAAGAUUGGGAAUACAGGGAAUUAUGUCUGGUUUUCUGGCCUUCUGGCUUAGAUCUGGCUUCACAUGGCCUCAGAUGGUUUAGAUUUGGCUUCACAUGAAAGUUUAGUGUUCACCUAGCUUUCCUCUAACAAAUACAAAAUACCCCUAUCUUGCUUUACCCCAUGGUGCUGGAGAUUGAACCCAGAGCCCAACCUAGCCAGGCAAGUGCUCUACCACUGAGCUAUACUCCAGCCUCCAGAUGUCUCUUUCUGUCUCUCUAGUCAGUUUGGGUCCCUGCCUUCCAGAGUAAGGGUUCCUCUCAUUUGUAGCUAAUGGCAGAAUGUGAAUCUGUUGAAACUGAUACACCCAUGACCUGACCUAUCAUGUGGGGUCCCUGCCACUUGUUCAGGGAGAGAUAUGCCAGGAACUUCACAGUCAUCCUCUUACUAAAUUUUCAACCACUGGAGAAUUAUGCACAUUUAACAAAUGUGGAAACAGGUGGAUAGAAAGUUACUUCCCAAGAUAAAAAAGCAAGUAAUUGUCAGGGCCAGGAACUGAACCUUAUUCUACCCAAAGCCUGUGAUUUUUUUUUUUAAGCUGUAGAAAACUUCCCAAAUUAUUCCCUUACAUUUGUAGGAUGAUUUACAGUUAGAAAACACUUUAAUUUCAUAUUCAUUUGUUUUUGGAAAAUCUACACACAAUAUUUUAAACAUAGUUACCUAAACUUAGACAUGUAAAUUGACACAUGGCCUUAAUAAUAAAAGUC